AUGCCUGCGAAGAACACGGUCACGUGGAACACGAUGAUUGCAGGGUAUUCGAGGUUGGGGGAUGUAGAGAGAGCACGUUUGAUUUUUGAGGAAAUGCCACUGAGAGAUGUUGCAUCAUGGUCUGCCAUGAUCACUGCGUAUGUGAACAAUGGCAAUCAAGAGUGUGGGCUGUCAGUCUUUCGGGAUAUGGUAAUGGAUGGAGGUUUAAAACCUGACCAAGUGACUGCAGGCUCAGUUUUAUCCGGUUGUGCCCACCUGGGUCAUCUUGGGUUGCUUGUGGGGAAAUCAGUUCAUGGGUUUAUGGUCAAGAAUGGAUGGGAGUUGAAUGUGGAAAUUGGUACAGUUCUGGUUGACAUGUAUGCUAAGUGUGGGUUUUUGAAGGGAGCUGCAGGGGUUUUUGAAUUGAUGCAAGAAAGGAAUGUCAUGACUUGGACUGCAUUGAUUUGUGGAUCGGCACAACAUGGCUACAGCAAAGCAGCGUUGUCUUUGUUUGAGAUGAUGCAAAAAGCUGGUGUAAGACCUAACGAAUUGACUUUCACAGGAAUUCUUAGUGCUUGUGUGCAUACAGGACUAGUUGAGGAGGGCCGAAAAUAUUUCGAGUUGAUUGAAGAAAGUGGCUUGGAGCCUCAAAUUCAUCAUUAUGGAUGCAUGGUUGAUUUGUAUGGCAAGGCAGGACUGUUAGAGGAAGCUUAUGAGGUUAUUAAGAAAAUGAGAUUUGAACCCAAUGUUGUUGUCUGGAGUGCUUUUUUAUGUGCGUGUAAGGAGCAUAAACAGUUUGAGAUGGCCGAACGAGUGGUUGAGCAGGUCAUGAAGAUGGUAAAACCAGAUAACGAUGGUGGGGUUUAUUCUCUUAUCUCAGAUUUGUAUGCUUUGGGUGGGAAGUGGGAUGAUGCAGAAAGAGUGAGGAAUUUAAUGGUCAACCAACAUGUGAGGAAGGUCAGGGGCUCUAGUUUUGUUAGAAGUGGAUAG